UCAGCAGGCAACUCGCCGACGGAUUGACGCCCCCUCGUUGGCGGCGACAGCCGCCCAGCCCACAACAUCCUGCCACCCAAUGCGGCACCGGGCGGGCGGGUCGUGUGGCUUGGCGUGCUGCUGGAAGGGGUGCUGCGAGAAGGGAUGCACGGGGCGGUUGGGGAGGGGGAGGGGGAGGGGCGGGUUGAGGGUGAUGGCGAAGUUGGGCUCGUUGCGGAUGGCGCGAAUCUCAUGGUUAUAGCGGAAGAGCUCGAGUGUGCCGUCCUGCUGGCCGUUGGGGCGACGGAGGGCCACAUGGCGGCCGACGAUCAUCCACUGCGCAAACACACGGGGCAGUGACGAGUAGUCUUGCACCCAACAGACACAGAGACAGAGAGCCAUUCACUUAUUGCCCCAUUGCCUCUUCUGGUGUGUGUCGUGCUUACCGCCUUGGUGGGGUGUGUCUGCACAUCUCCGGCGCCCACUGUGACCGGCAGCUGACAAUAGCCAAAAUGCUCUGAGAAUCUCAGUGUGUCCGCCACCUCCCCCCAGCCGCCCUCGCCCCCCUCCUCCAUCACCCACAUGGCCUUCAUCACAUCGCCGUGACUCAGCUGAUCGUCGAACUGCACCACGCCGCUCACCCCCGCACACUCGAUGGCCUGCCGCAGCCGAAUAUUGCGGACGAUGGGCCGCACGGCAUCUCUGAAGUGGCGGGCUGUCGCCUUGAGUCGGGCGACGGCGGUGAGGUCAGACAGUUCCAGGACGAUGCUCAUCGGCCUGGCGGGAAUGUCAGACACCUGCAACCGCCGAGCCUGACGACACACAGAAAGACACACAUCAUGGAGCUGUGUGUGUGUGUGUGUGUGUGUGUGGUCUCCCUUUCACCACCUGAGUGCGGGUGUGUGUUGUGAGUGCGAUGGUCGAGUCGAUGCUGUCCGCCAGCUGGGCCAGACGGGCCGAUUCGUUGGCGAGUUGACGACUGACCUUGGCCACCACCUGAUGAAUCACACGAGAGCAUCAUGCCACUCAAAGGCCUUUGUGCUGUGUGCAGCAGUCUGUUCUUACCAGUGGUGUGAUCGCAGCGGUGUCCAUCUGAGUGAGUCGGCCAAUGCCAUUGUUGACCUGCACACCACAGCACACACAAACAACACAAGCAGGCAACCGAUGAGCGGGGGAUGGACUGUACGAGUGCGUGUGCCGAUUACGUACCCUGGCCUGAUUGGUCUGAUAGGCCUGAAUCUGUGCCAGCAGCUGCUGCCGCAUCGCCGCCAUUGACGUCUGCAGCUGUCUGGCCUCUCGUCUGUCUGCCCUCUCUGUCUGUCUGUCUGUCUGUCGACGUGGCUGUCUGUUUGUCGACGUGGCUGUCUGUCCGACGGGCAGUCUCACAACGCACUCACGUCGGCUCACACGUGCCGUUAUGCAUCCUUUGCCGUUCUUUCUUCUUUUC